AUGUGGCUUCAGGAGUUAGGUGAAGGAGCUUUAGGACACCUUUGGGCAAAUGCACCAGCUGUCGUAGCAUUAUGGUAUCCACUUUCUAAGACACUAGCUGAGAAAGCAGCUUGGGAAUUUGCCGAGGAAAAAGGUUUGGAUGUGGUUGUUGUGAAUCCUGGAACUGUCAUGGGCCCUGUUCUGCCCCCGGGCCUUAAUGCAAGCAUGCUGAUGCUACUUGGCCUUAUUAAGGGUAGCACUGAAACAUAUGAGAACUUUUUCAUGGGAUCUAUCCAUGUCAAAGACGUGGCCCUAGCACACAUAUUGGUUUACGAAAAUACAUCGGCAACUGGAAGGCACUUGUGUGUUGAAGCUAUAUCACAUUAUGGUGACUUUGCAGCCAAGGUUGCAGAACUUUAUCCUGAAUACAACGUCCCGAGGCUGCCGAAGGAUACUCAACCAGGGUUAUUAAGGGCCAAGAACGCAUCUAAGAAGCUGAUGGACUUGGGUUUACAAUUCAUUCCCAUGGAGCAAAUUAUCAGGGAUGCAGUAGACAGUUUGAAGAGCAAAGGAUUUAUCUAG